UUUCCCCUCCUUCCCUUUUCCUUGCCUGUGUUCGAACUCGAGCACGUUUCUGACUCACGAUGGAAACUGCUAAAACGUAUGGAUCAUCUGGUUUCGAUGAAGAUAAGAUAAAAAUUCCGGCUUGCGUUCACGCCGUCAGGCCGCUCGACGACGGCAUGGGGAGGACACCGACCCAGCUCGAGCAAGUGAUCUCAGCAUAUGAUCGCCUAAUAGAUACCGCUGUGGCUCAGCUUCGCUCACUGGAAAACAUCGACACCUCAGCCCCAGCAUCGGAAACUCCAAGGGAGACGACGACAAGCGCAGCGAUGCAGGGGCGGCGGAGCCCACUGAAAUCGUCUCUAAAAUCAGGAACGGCUUCGCUUGGCGAGAAGUUUGACUUUAAGUGGCCGAGCGACUUGAAGUAUCCGCUGAGCAUCGCCAUAAAAGUCAGUUCGGAGCACAUACCCGUUACACCGUGGCUUUUCCGCCGAAUUUUCGGUCCUGCCGUUCACGUUCGCCUCCAUAAACACUCAUCAUACGGAGAAUCUCUCCCGGCUCUGAUAAAUGACAACAGGCGACUCCACCAAGCGGCAGAGCUCAAAUUGAUCUUCACUGUGAUCGUCUAUGGAAGCGGAAAGCUCGAGUUUAUAGCUGAUCCUCUCCGACAAGGAAUUAUCCGAGAUGAGCAUAAUCUGCAACGGUAUCUGAUCCGACUGCUGAAAAUAUUCUCACCCAUGGAUCCGGUGGAAGACGCGUCGUCGGAAAAUUACGUCGACAUCGUGGGACGCGGUCUCCUUCAGAAACAAGCGCCUACCGCUGUUAAAAAGGUCCUGAGCUCCCUGGACGGGGAAAUCAGGAGCAGAAAUCUCCUCGUUCGAUCAGACAAGCCAACUAUUGCAGAUUUCAGUCUCUUGGCGGCUAGCUACGGACAUGAUGUACAGAGCUUCCCGGCCAUCAAGACUUUCAGAAACAAUCUCGAAUCCUACUUCGGUUUUAGAAUCGACGAAAAACUAUGGUUCAAAGCUGAAUGUUGAUAGCAACGAUCGAUGGCACCAAUAUCUUACUCCGAGCCGAGCCCCCGUGCAUCGGAGGGUAGGGUAGAUUUCUUGUAAUAAAAAGGUACACACC